AUGUCGCCGCCCCCUGAAAAACCAGCGGCAGACGCCAGCAAAACCGUCGUCAGGGGCGCCUCCCUUCUCAUCAUCCUCCAAAUCGGCUCUCGCGCCGUCACCUUCAUUGCCAACCAACUGCUUCUUCGCUUUCUCACCGCUCAGCUGCUCGGCGUAUCAACACAGCUCGAGGUUUACUACCUGUCGGUUCUCUUCUUCGCCCGGGAGAGUCUGCGCGUGGCAGUCCAACGCCAGGAGACCCGCCCUAGCUCCAGCAAACGAGAUGACGAGCUCAAGACUCGAGUAGGCCGCGAAAGCCAGGCCGUCGUCAACCUGGGAUAUCUCGCAGUUCUUCUGGGGUUUUUGGUCACGAUUGGUCUGGGAUGGCUCUACCUCUCAUCCGCCGACAAUGUAACACGCAACACCCCGAAUUUCCUCCUCGCCCUCCGCUUGUACGCCGUUGCUGCCGUGCUUGAGCUUCUUUCCGAGCCCUGCUUCGUUCUCAUGCAGACACGACUGCAGUUCGGCACGCGUGCAUCGGCAGAGUCCAUCGCUACCUUCUUACGUUGCAUCGUUACCUUUGGCAGUGCCUUUUGGGCGUCAAGAGUCGGCAUGGAGUACGGUGUCCUGCCUUUCGCCGCCGGACAGCUUUCGUACGCCCUCAGCCUCUUGAUCGUCUACCUUUGGUCGGCUUCACGACUUUCAUCCACGGAUGGUUUCUCGCUCCUUCCCAAAAGUUUGGGCUCCGGUCAAGAAUAUGUCGCCUCCUACUUCUACCGGCCGACCGUCAGCCUGGCCUCGAGCAUGAUGGCCCAGAGCCUUGUCAAGCACGUGCUCACCCAAGGCGACACCUUCCUCGUCUCCAUCUUCUCCACGCCCAAGUCUCAAGGCGUGUACGCUCUAGCCAACAACUAUGGAGGGCUGCUUGCUCGUCUCAUCUUCCAACCCAUUGAAGAGAGCAGUCGCAGUUACUUCAGCCGUCUUCUCUCCUCGCAGGACACCAAGACCAGCAAGCCGCCCAAGGAGAACACCGGCACGGCCAGUCAACACCUCCACACCCUGCUCAAGUUCUAUGUUCUGCUCUCCGCAGUAAUUGUGAGCAUCGGCCCCGUUGCCGCCCCGCCGCUACUAUCUCUCGUCGCUGGCAAGCGUUGGGCGAACGAGGGUGCCGGCGACGUCUUAGCCGUUUACUGCUACUACAUUCCCCUGCUCGCCAUCAAUGGUGUCGCCGAGGCUUUUGUGGCAUCCGUGGCGACCGAGGCACAGGUGCACCGGCAAUCAGCCUGGAUGGGCGUCUUCUCCGUCGCUUUUGGAUCGGCAGCCUUUGUCUUCAUGCGCGUGAUGGAUCUCGGAGCUUCGGGUCUCGUCUUCGCCAACUGCAUCAACAUGCUUUGCCGCAUCGUCUGGAGUCUUGCGUUUAUCAAAUCGUACUUUGGCGCCUUUGAAACGCCAUUUGAACUUUUUACAUUGCAGCCUAACGCCGUCACUUCUAUCGUUUGUCUGUCCGCGCCACACAUUAUCAGACGCGUGACUGGUAUUGCCCCGGGAGCUGCCACCUCAUUGAAGGAUCUGUUCGCCAUCGGCGUGGCCUCUGUGCCAGUCGUCCUGUUGAUUCUCUUUGCGGAGCGCAAGUUCCUCAUGCAGUGCUACAAGUCGGCCCGCAGACCGAGUGCUGCAUAG